AAUUUGUUUGCCAUGAACUAAGUUCAACGAACUGUCUCGGAUGAGAGAUCUUUUGUAGUCAAUAAGUUUAUUGCGGAGUUUGACAUCCAUCAAUGACUUUGAUAAGAUGUAAAGCUGAAAUGCAUCUCCUGUAAGAAUACUAAAAAAUACGGAAAUGGAUGAAUCACCAGAGAGUACGGAAACUUUCGAAAAUUUGAGAAGACGUCAUCAUGUAGCAACACUAACAGACUCAUCAACUGUUGAUUCAACCGAGUUUAACAAUGAAAGUCUCCCCGCAGCAAUUUUUGCGAAUGGCCUUUCAGAAGACCGUAACUUUUUGGAUUUGGCACAACGUGAAGACAAUGGAGGUCCAACAACAGCAAAUGUCGGAUUUCUCCCUCUUCGUCCAACCCUGUUAACUUCAAUUAGACGAAACCACCCUUUUGUACCAAGAUCAAGAGCCUCCAUUGCAUAUGUUAUUGUUGGAAUCUUUUAUUUGUUGAUUACUUUAUUAGUUCACUACAGAAUGAACUUUUACCCUGAUCCUAAAAAUGAUGAAAACUCAAAAGCUUAUGAGUUUAGAGAGCAUAAUGCUCGCGGCCACCUGGAUGUAAUUGCUGGGCUUGGUCCUCGUGUUGCAGGUAGUGCAGCAAAUGAGAAAGCAGAAAAAUAUAUAAUGGAUACUGUUCAGAUUAUUAGAGCAAAGAAAACAAACAAUAUAAUUUUUGAUGUAAAUGUUCAAACUGCAAGCGGUGGCUUCACACUGGAUUUUAUAAAUACAGGUGUAGGACAAUUCACUAGUGUAUAUCAAGAUUUGAAAAAUAUUGUUGUACGAAUAUCUCCUGCAGAUGGAACAGAUGCUGAUAGCAGUGUUCUUGUUAAUUGUCAUUAUGACUCUGUCGUGGAUAGUCCAGGUAAUUUUCAUCAACAGAACAACUACCAAGUGCAGGGCUUGUUUUUAAAAAUUGGUUGCUUAUUAUUCAAUUGUCAAUAGUUAAAGCAGUGUUUUGGAACUUGUUUUGCACUGUGUCCCAUCUCAAUCUCAUGACCUAAAAAUGUUUUUUUUAAAGAUUGAAUUUCAAAAUCCCAGCCUUUAUAUGCCUCUUUGAGAUAUUAUAUAAUAAAAAAAAACUAAAUUAUUUUUUUUAUUGCAGUAAUUAAAAAAAAAUAAGUGUCCUGUAUAAUAUUGUCUCCUACCCUUCCCCGUUUAAAAAAAAAAAUGUAAUUUCAUUUCUCAUCUCAGAGACUAAAUUUGUAAAUGUCCCUAAUAAUCUUCAAAUUGCCCCCCUUGAGCUUGGGGUGUAUUUAGUUUAUGCCCCGCAUUGGGAAUUAUGACUUUACAGGACUCUCUUCUCUAAUGAUGGCUGGCAGGAUUUUACAGUUCUUUACAUUAUUGUAGAAGUAUUUUUCUUUACUCUGGUGAGUUGAUAGCCCACAAAUUGUAGAUUUUCUUAUUUAAUUGAUAAUAGGUCCUGGGUGGCCGAGUGGUCUAAACUGAGUCAAUCCCUAGCUAUUGGACUGAGAGUUCAAUCCCCAAAAAAUGCCUAGACAGGCAAAAGCAUCACCAGUUACCUUGGUGGAUGGGACUCAUUUACCUUGGAUGGCAACUCAUCUAAGAGAAGGCAAACUUCAACAUCAAACCCAUAGCCAUAAUGACAUGGACACAAUAAAAAUUCCCACAACUCCUGCGAUGUUGAAUGCAUUUUGAAGCACACAGGCACACUGCUGGUCAUGUACUCCAUCCUCGUCAAUUUCCAGUUGUAUUGACUAAGUCUUGAAUGAGGCUGACGAAUUGAGAAACUCUCCCUCACUUUAAACAAAAUACAGCUCAGUCGAAAAUUGUCUUGGUCAUCUUCACAUGCGAAGUAUGAACAACAGUGGCAAUAUAGAUAAUGGCAGUUUGGUUUAUUAUAUGUGCAUAUGUUUUGAAUAAUAAGUUUGCAACUGGUAGACCUAUUUCAGCUUCUGAGACAUGAACAUUGAUGAUUUAAUGCUUUUAAAAAUGUUUUAAUAUUCGGAUGUGCUAAUGUUACUAAAUUUUGAACAGAUGAUUAUUCUGAAUGAUCAUUGUUUUAUCUAAAAUUAGAAAAUGCCAUCAAAAGAAAUGAGCUAUCAUCUUGUUCAACCCAAUUUCUAAAUAUACAGGUGCUGGAGAUGAUGCUGCCAGCUGCUGUGUCAUGUUGGAAAUCAUGAGAUCCUUAUCACAGCAGCCAGACUUAGACUUGAUGCACAACAUCAUUUUCUUAUUUAACAGUGCUGAGGAGAACAUACUGCAGGUACUGCAAUAUAUGUUGCUCUUUGAAAUUUUAUCAAUUUAAAAAAGAUCAUUUGUACGUUUUUUUGUUAUUGACAUAUAAGCUAAAUUUGCCUAUUCCAACAUAGCAUGAUCCAAUCUUAUUUUAUAUAGUAUUGUAUUGAUUUUAAGGCAAUGAGAUUUGAUGCCUCUUAAGUUAUUUAAGCACAGUAAUUAUUCUUUGUCAUUAAAUUAUAAUGUACAUGUCAUGUUCUUUUUAAAUUGAAAAAUAUAAUCAGCCUUUGUCUUAUUUAUAACUGAAUGGGCUGAUGAAAUAUGGCAAUCUAAGUUGGUCUGAUGUGGAUUCAAAUUAAAAAAAAAAUCUCAUUUUACAAGAUUUUUAUAAAUUAUUUAUUUUCAAAUAAUUGUAAUGGUGCCAAUUUCUCAUUAUUUUUACACAUUUAAAAUAAACUAUACAUUAAUGAAGUCAUUCAUUUUUAUACUUUCAGACUAGCCAUGCUUUCAUUACUCAACAUCACUGGGCUCCAAGUGUCAAGGCAUUUGUCAAUUUAGACUCAGCUGGUGCUGGAGGUUGGGAGAUAGUGUUUCAAACAGGUGGGUACAAAUUGUUACCAGUAUCUCUAGAUGGGUGGUGUGAUAUUAUUUAUAGGAAACUUACUAAAGAUUCUAGGUACUCUUACUACUUAAGAAUUACACUGUAUGGGUAAAAAGGGUUUUCGGAUCUUUUUUUUUAAAAAAAUCUCUGCAUCUCUCCAUAAGUAUAAUUCAUUCAGACAUUUCUGUUUAAACACUGCUUCAAUAGGGGCUUUUUCCAGGGCCAGGUUUCCUUUGUGGAGAUCUUUCUCUAUUAUCUUCACCAGGUCUCUUUGGGUCAUCUGCCAUUUCCUUUUUCUUGGUUUAUCAAUACUGAAUACCUGUUUGAGCUUGGUAACAUUCUACAAAUAUGACCAAGCUUUUUAUGAACUGGAUUUGUGAGCGUGAUUGUUUGUAUGAAAGUUGUUGGUGAGAUUGUGAGCGGUUUUUUAAAGGCCAAGUUGUGUUUGGUCGGGUAUAAAAGGUUAGUUUGGGGAGUUAGUUCAUGGACUUCAGUUUUGUUGAGGUAUUGAGUUAUUGUUAUGGUGUGAAAAGGUGCAACUCCUCUUUAGUCAGUGAGAUGAGAGUAUGCUUUGCUGAUCCUUACCUGAUGUCUAUGUCACAGUAUUCACCUGUUGUGACAUCGCUCUCUAGGUACUCCAGCUCUCUCACAUCUUCAAUGAUUGUGUCCUCCACUCUGGUAUGUUUUCUCUUGACGUGUGUUUCCUGGUACUGACUUAAAUGCCUAUGGUUCAACUGGUCUCUUUGUUUUUUCCUGGGCAUCUUGGUAUUAGCUGUACAGCAAUCCUAUUUCAUCAGUGUAGUAGAGGUCAUCAAGCCUCAAGUUCACUAUCCUGGAAAUUGUGAGAGGAUGAAUCCCUGCUUCACUUUAAUUAAAAUUGUGAAAGUUUCAAAUGGCCAUUGUGGACAAAUGUGCAUUAAAUUUAAAAUGCUAAUUGAGUGAUUUAAUAAUACUGUAGACUGCCAUAGUGUUACCAUAAGUCUUAGAUGCUAAAUAUUUCAGAAUGGAAUAAAUUAUUUCUAUUUAAGAGAUGUAUUUGUAAAAUCUCUCAGGUCCAGAACAUCCUUGGUUGAUCAGAGCCUACAUAGAAGCUGCACCAUAUCCCCAUGCCUCUGUGGUGGGACAAGAAAUAUUCCAGACAGGUCUUGUUCCAUCUGAUACAGACUUCCGUAUCUUCCGUGACUAUGGGCAUAUUCCGGGUAAACACUUGAGAUUGAAUAAAUUCUAUAGUGUUGUUCAAAGGUUUCAAAGUAUUAUCAUACAUAUGGAUUAUUGAAUAUAAAUAUAUCUUCUCAAAAAAUAAAAUUCAAUGUGCCAAAUGUUAGACUUGUACCGGUACAUCAGCCCAAAUUAUUAUUUUUGUAAUUUUAUUUUAUUUAUUUUUUAUUUUUUUGCUGGGUGUGGGGCAGGGUGCAAAAUUAUAUUAAAAUAAUGUAAACAAGCUAAACAUCUUUCUUAUUAAUAUUUUAAUUUAUCAUAAAAGCUCACUUAUAGUUGUCAAAUUUAAUAUAUUGUUUUUACAUUCAGGACUUUUUCGUAGAUUAAUUCGCUGGAAAAAUGAAAAAAAUGGUUAAAAACAUUUUUUUAAAAUUAAUAUACUUAUAAGCAUCAUUCAACAUUCAAAAUAAACUCAAGUGAUUAGUUAUUGACGAACACUCAAACUUAUUAUCAUUAAGUUUUAUUUGCUUUCAGGAAUUGAUAUUGCACAUAUAAAAAAUGGAUACGUUUACCAUACAAAAAAUGAUAAUCCAUCACACAUCCCUGCGGGUUCCAUGCAAAGAGGAGGUCAGCUUUUCAUUCAUUAGUAGAUUUUUUCCUAAUCAAUAUGUCCGAUUCUUUCAUAAUGAUAUUGUAGCAUAAAAUAAUCCAUUCAUCACUGUGGUGCUUCAGCCCAUGUAGGGUUUUGGUCUGCCUCACAACUUCCUUCCACUCAGACCUAUCUGGCGCUCAUUUCCAUGCUUGGAUCAACAGCUGCUGUACAUCUUUUUCUCACCCGUCUAAGCUCAGGUCUGUCUUUGAACCGUUUUCCUCUGUCAUUUGGUAUUCCUCCUUAGUGUCCUGCCCAGCGUAGCCUGUCCAUUUUUAUUUCUGCUACUGGUGUGGGAUCUUGAUAUAGACUCUACAAUUCCUGGUUGGUUCGUAUUCUCCAUCCAUAUUCAUCCUUUGUUGGUCAAUAUAUUUUCCUGAGAACGUUUCUCUCCCAUGUGUUUAAUAGGUUUUCUGCCAUUUUUAUUAGGGUCCAAAUUUCACAUGCGUAAGUUACAACUGGUCUGACCAACCAUAAUCAAUUUUCAUUUAUAUAAAAAGUGGUUAACUUUAUAACUAUAUAUAAAUUAUAAAAUGAUAUGUCACAUUGCACUGGCUCACAUCCUUCUAAUCAAGUAAUAUGAAGAAAAACUUUCUUCGAAUUUGAAGUUGUUCAUACGGUCUGAAAAAUCUGGGCCAAUAAACUGAGACAAUUAUCUGAUGUUUUUUACCCUACAAUGCCCAGAAGGUGUGUCAAUUGGUAUACUUUUCCGGGCUACUAUUUAGCAAAGCUCCGGGAAAGGUGGUGUGAUGAGUUCAGUUCUUAAGCCCACAACAAAAGACAACUUUCAAAUUCUUGGAACCUUGACCAGAGGCGUAGCAAGAGUGUUUGGCGCCUGGGACAAAAUUCAGUUUAAAGCGCCCCCUUUUCUUUUUUCAAUUCUCAAACCCAUUAUUUUCAUCAAUAAAAUAAUAUCAAAGCACAUUUUGGCCCCUCUCCCCCUUUCGCUACGCCUCUGAGCUUGACUGACCAUUCUUUGGUGUCCCGAAAAUAGCAUAUCUGGUUCGGGGAUACUGCACCUUCUAAUUUUCAAUUUCCCUCAAAGAUUGAGGCAAACUGUUCCAUAAUUUAGGUACUAUAGCUUCAAAAGAGCGCUCUCCAUAUGAUUGCUCUCCAUAUGACUUCUUUCUGUGUCCAUCCAAACUGGGAACUCUCAGUAAGGACUAUGUUGAAGUGUGCCGGUUCUUUAAGAACACAUGUUUAGAAAUCAGUUCUUUAAGAUAAUCAGGUGCAAAGCCUACUAUACAGCUGUACACCAGGGACAGAAUUUUUUCUCAAUGCAUGUAAAAGAUCAGCAGUAGCUGGGAAUCGAAGCAUGGAAAAGAAAAGCACCAGUUAGGUAUGAGUAGAAGGAUGUGGUGAGGCAUGCCAAAGCACUACAUCGGCUGUAGUGCCUCAGGGAUGGAUGGCGUGAUUACCAGAAGAACAGGGGGAGGGGGGGGGGGGUUAAAACAGGAAAUAAAAAAAAAAAAAGCAUCAAAAUUACGCUCAAUGAAUUGAUUUUUAAAAAAUGCCAAUGAAAUAGUUCAAAUCAAUUGUUUUUAUUUUUUGGAUAUUCAUAUAACUGUGCAGAAGUUGAAAAUAAGUAAAGGAAAUAAUUUUUAAAAAUAUAAUUUUAUGUACAGAAAAGUAUGAAUGGCUAAAAUAAUAAGUAAGAGAGAAAAGACUAUUAUUCUUGGGUAAAAUUAAAUUCUUACAAAUCCUGGAGUGUCUUCACUGUUAGUUUCAACAGUCACAUUAAAUUUUCUUACCUCAGUUAUAAAUGAUGAAUUAAUUACUAUGUUUAUAAAGACCUUUUCAUUAUUUUUGCAGGAGAAAAUAUCUUGGCUACACUAAAAAAUCUGGCCAGCAGUACAAAAUUGACUGACCCCGGAGAAGACAAGCAUGGCUCAAUGGUGUUUUUUGACUUCCUGGGAUUCUUUAUGAUAGCAUAUCCACAGCGAAUGGCAAACAUCUUGAAUUUUACCACCUUUGUAUAUGUUUACAUUGUGUUUGCCAAGAAACUUAUGAGGGACAGGUCAUCAGGUAACCCCUUAACACUUGUUGCAAAAUAAAAAAUGUUGUUCACGUUGAUAGAUAAAGACAUGCGCUCUGUAUAGUUAUGCAUUCAGUCAUAUAAAUUGUGGCUAAGUUUUAUUUGGGAUGAAAGUGCAAAUAUCUUCUUUGUUUUGUUUUGUUUUGUUUUUUUACAAUAUUAUGAUGUAUAUUAUUUUUAUCAUUAUAGUUAAGCUAUUUAUUCAUGUAUUUAGUAGUUAUAAAGAAAACAUUCAACUACACCAGCAUUCAUUUUUAACAUAACUUUUUCCCAUUUAAAAACCAGCUGUUUUAAAUUUUGUUGACUUAUUUUUUAAUUUCGCUUCAUUCAUUCUGCAAUAUAUUCCAUUUUCACAGCAGCUUUGAGGGAUUCAGUCCAGUUAACUGUUGUUGGAAUUCUGGUUAUGCUUACAACCUGGGCUAUCACCAUCCUGG